AUGCCAACUGGAAGUCUGGCCAAAUGGCAAAUGAUUCUUUCAGAAUUUGAUAUUGUUUUCACUUCGCAAAAGGCCGUCAAGGGACAAGCUAUAGCCGAUCAUUUGGCAGAAAAUCCAAACGACGAUGACUAUCAACCGUUCCAUACUUAUUUCCCUGAUGAGGAGGUUUUACUUGUUGGUGCUGCAGAAGAUAUGAGCGAGUGGUGCCCUGAAUGGAGGUUAUUUUUCGAUGGUGCGGCUAACUCUUUCGGUGCCGGAAUAGGAGCAGUUCUUGUAUCCCCAGAAGGAAAGCAUUACUCUGGAGCUGCUAAAUUGCAAUUUGCCUGCACAAACAAUAUGGCCGAAUAUGAAGCCUGUAUUUUUGGUCUUAAAAUGGCUUUGGAAAUGGAAGUUAAAGAGUUAAUAGCCUUCAGUGAUUCAGAUUUACUCGUGCACCAAACGUUGAAGCAAUGGAUAACCAAAGAUUCAAAGAUCUUGCUGUACCAUUGUAAUUUGCUUAAUUUGGCUAAACAAUUUCAAAGUUUGGAAUUCAGACAUCUCCCACGAGCCCGAAAUGUAUUUGCCAAUGCCUUAACCACCUUAUCUUCUAUGAUACAAUAUCUGGACGAAUUAGAAAUCGAGCCUAUCCGAAUUCAACUUCAAGACAAGCCUGCUCAUUGUUGGGUCGUAGACAAAGCAUCUGACAAAAGCCCUUGGUACAAUGAUAUUAAGGAAUUCAUUAAAACCGGGUCUUACCCUCCAAAAGCUAGUGCAAAUGACAAGGGUUUCCUGUGCAGAAUGGUCUCGAAGGUUUUCUUAAAUGGAGAGAUAUUGUACAAAAGGACCUCAGAUUUGAGCCUCUUAAGGUGCAUCGAUGAAGAUGAAGCUCAAUACAUGAUGAAAGAGGUGCAUAGCGGUGUUUGCGAACCUCACAUGAAUGAGCAUUUGUUAGCAAAGAAAAUAAUGAGAACCGGGUACUUUUGGCUUACCAUGGAGCAUGAUUGCAUAGACUUUGUCCGGAGAUGUAUUAAUGUCAAGUGCAUGACAAUGUUAUACGCGCUCCUCCCACUGAAAUGCAUAGCAUAA